CGUUAACGCCCAUGCCGUGUUACGUUAGGCGCGCAAUGUUGGACAAGAAGAUCUUGAGAAGUUCAACCUAAGUUCAACCCGAGUUCAACGAACGCGUUGCAAACGCAUGGUCUGCACAUCAUACUCCGCCUAUCUGAUACCAUAGAUUUGUGUCUUAUAUACCAUCGAUUGCUCUGUUUUCUUUGUCUCUCUCUCUCCCUCUUUCCCUCUCUCUCAGGAGUUCUCGUCGUACCCAUGUCGAUACCUCAAACUCCUACUCGCAAAACUGACCCUACUAACUUGGCUCCUGAGCUGAAAAAUACUCCACUCGGUCACGGCAGUUCCACUCAUGCAUCGUCGGAUGGCUUCCAUGACUUAUAUAUUUUUGAACCGCUUAGCCAGCGUACAGUGCAUCCAUGGCUAUUCGCGGACAUAUCCAAACACAGGCAGACCACAUUUGACCGAAUGAUGGCCUGGAUGUUGCAUUUCUCUCUUCCUACCGAAUUGAGAGACUCCGUGGAUCCUUACCGUCUCUUUGAACAAUGCCUCAAUAAAGUGUUGCCCAUCUGUAACGACCAAGAUUUGCUCAAUCAUUUACAGUCAUAUUGCGAGGUUGAGGGGGGAGAAACAGCCAGAUACGCACCUUUCACCAAUGCAUGCAAUCGCGCAUUAUCGCUCUUGGAAGAUGUGGACGUGCCGUAUCUCGGUAAAGGCUCGCCGUUCAAGAUUCUCUUUCAACGUAAUGAUCCAAAUAUGCUCGACGGCGUUCAUGGUAGUCUCAAAUCGAAACGCAAACCCGACAUUGUUAUCACCAGCCUUGCCUGCGCUCGGCGCAUCUGGGGUGGAGGCAGAAAUAUACAGUGGAAGACUGCGAUCUCACACUGCCAUGAGAAGCCCGUAGACCUUCAGUGGCACGAUGUCUUGUGCUCAUGGGAAUUCAAGCGGACGAAGAAGGUAAUAUCAUUGCCCUCUCGCAAGUGCGGCACCAAACUGUGUCGAAACAUUUCAUGUGUGAAUGACGUCGGCACCAUGGAUCCCCCCACGAAACCUGACGUCCCGAGCCCGCAUCCAAAGCCCGACCAAGCACCUCGGACGGAGGAACCGCCGCUCGUGCAAUUGGCCUCGUAUGCGGCCGAGACACUAUGUCGAGCUCCUGCAGUGAAUCACUGCAUGAACGUCCUUGUUGUUGAUGAUGUGGCCUGGCUGUGGUGGUAUGACAGGCAGGGUGCUAUCCAGUGCACUGGAAUCAACUUCCUCGAUGAUCUUCCACGCUUCCUCGUCCUGCUCCUUGUUCUCCAAAAGUUUUCCACCAUGGACCUUUGGGGAUUUAAUCCCGAGCUAGAUCCCGUUGUUGUCCAGUAUCAUAGCGAGCAGCUACCUUUGAAUCAGAUGGAGAAUGUCUCACAAGAGCCAUUCGAUCUUGAGAUCCCUGUCGAAGGUGGCAAGAUCAAGAUCAACUUGGACCCGAAGGAGAACAAGUACAGCCGACACACCCUGGUUGGGCGUGGCACACGUGUGUUCCAAGGGUCUGAGGGGAUACUAUUUCGUGACCCAGCUAAUCCUGAAGUUCUCAUGAACGAGAAGGCGAGGCACGCGGCUAUAAAGAUAUACUGGCCGGACAGUUCGAGGCCGUCGGAGCAGACGGUGGUCCAGAAGGCUCGUGAGGCUGCUGAAAAGAUUGACCCUGGUCUGUUGGACAACCUGCCGAAGAUCUAUGGUGCCUGCACGUUGAGCAAGUAUGAGACAGGUCGCAUCCGGAAAUUCCUCGACCUCUGGGAUCUUGACAGUGAAACGAAGGAGCGUGUAUACCGUUCGCGAACGCUUAACAUCAUAAUAUCGGAGUGGUUGGAGCCUUUGUGGAAACUGCCCCCGUAUAACUUUAUGCUUGCGUGGUAUGAUAUCGUUAGAUGCCACUUUGCGAUGUGGAUUGCUGGUGUCAAACACUGCGAUCCUAGCGAAGGCAAUAUGUUAUACCGCGAGAAGGGCAACAUGAAUCAUGGGGUACUGAAUGACUGGGAUUUGAGCUCAGUUGACGGUCUAAAUGAUCAUAAGGGACUGGAGCGCACUGGUACUGUUCCAUUCAUGGCUUUGGACCUGCUCAACCGUAAAUUUUGGCUUGGUCACAUUCGACGAGAGUAUCGCCAUGAUCUGGAAUCGUUUAUUUGGAUGCUUCCCUGGGCGGUGUUAUGUUAUGAAGAUUGCCAACGAAAGGAUCCUAAGGACCCGAUCAGGUCGUGGCAGACAGGAAACUACCGGCAGUGUCGAGAAAAGAAGACCGACUUUUUCGCGUGCAUGACUGGCCUGGAAGAAGACCGCCGUAUCCCGUCGCAAUGGAUGGCGUUUUGGCCGCUUGUGCGAAAUCUGAUGUACCGCAUCCAUAGGGACUUUCAGCGCAGGAUACAGCUUGAAGGCAAUCGCUUCUUGCAAGAGGAAAAAACCCCAGUGCAGGAGUAUGUCGAGCUACUCCACUACAUUCACGAUUUCAUAAGGGAGCCGCCCUUUGGACCAUUGAAUAUUCCCUUUCCCGAUGACUACCUCACGAAUAUUCCUCAAUUACCUAAUGGUGCAGAUACGGAGACACCAGUCCGAGGUCGAGGUCGAGGUCGAGGGCGUGCACGCGGAAGGGGGCGAGCUCAGGCACAAUUUGGAGGGGGUGACAGAGGCGCAGGCAGCACCGAAGCGAAUCUUGACUCGGAACACAGCACUUCUGAAUCUCGACGCUCCGCUAGGAUCAAGGCGGAUGAGGAGAAGAAACGUCAGGAGGCGGAGGAGAAGAAACGUCGGGAGGCGGAGGAGGAGAGGAAACGUAGGGAGACGGAGGAGAGAAAACGUCAGGCAGCGGAAACGAAGAAGAGGGGGAAGAAGUAAGCGGGUCUGCUGGUGGAUGGCUUAUUCGUGAAUGCGUCGACCCAGAAAUGAAAUAUGAGCCUCUAUUUCUUCAUUCUUCAUUUGCGUGUACUUUUGUUGUGCUAGGAGUCAUAGUGACUCCUAGCCGUGUUUGUUAUACCAGGUUAUCAAUAUAACGUUCAUCUUGUUACGUUGACUGCGUUGGUGGCAUUACGAUAGUUCUGAUAGCUAUUAAUUUUUAGCAUAAUUUAUGCUUGCAAUACCUGAGUCUAGCUGCAAGAAAAGAAAGCCUUCCAUUUGCAUUAGCAUCACUUUCAUCUGUGCAUUCAAAGAUGCCUAAUAAGUAUAGAUCUUUUUUAGCCAUCUCAGGAUAAAGAAGACUGUCAACAGCUUGAAUCACACUUAUUGGCUAUAAAUGCAUCUAGUCUCA